AUGAAACAACAGAGUGAGAAACUGCGCGAAAUUGAACUCCAGAAAGCUGAGGAUAAGGAUGGAGGAAUUGAAGAAGAAAAGCGUAGGAAACGUUAUGAGGAAGAGAUGGCACUCGAGGGAGCUAAACUAGAAAUGAAACGGAAGUUUGAAAGGGGAUUAGAGGAAGUUAAAAUGAAGUCUGCAAGCCAAUGCAAUUCUGCCAAGCUGCCCAAGUUAGUAAUAUCUAAAUUCCAAGGAACUCACUUGGAUUGGCAGAGAUUCUGGGGGCAAUUUGAAAAAGAAAUUGACAAGGCAGAGAUCAGCCCCAUUACCAAGCUGUCCUACCUCAAAGAGUUGCUUAUUCCUAAGGUCCGUGCAUUCAUUGAUGGUCUGCCCUUUUCUACCGAAGGGUAUGAAAGAGCGAAAACUAUCCUAAAGACGCGGUAUGGGAAAGAAAGUGAAGUUGCAAAUGCCCAUAUGCAGAGCAUUAUUUCCUUACCAACCAUAUCUGGGUCCGAUGCAAGGAAAAUCAAUCGUUUCUUUGAAACACUGGUUGCAAAUACACAAGCAUUAGAAACCAUGGGGAAGCUGAACGAAGUAAAGGGGUUUGCACGAAGCACGCUGGAUAAAUUACCAGGCAUACGGGCAGACUUGGUACGAUCAGAUGACAAUUGGCAAGAUUGGGGAUUUGGUGAGACGGUCGAAGCACUGCGAAAAUGGUGUGUGAGGAACCCCAUAUCAGAAGAAGACCGUAAGUCAGAUCACAAGGGUACCAGCCAUUAUCAACAAAAAUCUGGAAAGUUCUUACAUGCCAAGCAGGAAUCAUGGAAACCAAGACUGUGUGUGUUCUGUGAGUCAACCCUACACAAGUCCGUAGACUGCGACCAAGUUGUGGACAUUACAUCUCGAAAGAAGAUCUUGUUAGAGAAAAAACUAUGUUUCAACUGCACUGGUGUAAAACAUCGAGCAUCCGAAUGUCGAAGUAAAACAACUUGCUUUCGGUGUAAUGCGAAACAUCACACCUCUAUUUGUGAUGACCAAGGAAGUGCAACUAAACAAAUGAUGUUGGCUACUGGUAAAGGGAGGGUGAUAUAUCCAGUUGUUGUAGCGGUUGUCAAUGGGAUAAAAUGCAGGGCCCUCUUGGACACAAGAGCUGGCAGUUCGUAUAUCUCUGCAGAUUUGGUAAAGCUUCUAAGGAAACAGCUUUCACGAACUGAGUACCGGCAUAUUGAUAUGAUGAUGUCAUCGACAAUUCAGAGAAUUGAGAUCUAUGAUGUGAUUGUGGCUGAUGUUAGAGGAAAGUUUGAAAUGAAAACCCAAAAUCCUGCAGACCUUGGUGGCCGUGGAUGUUUACCAAAUAACCUGACCGAGUCAUGGUUGAAUGGACCAGAUUGGCUGCCUUAUCCCGAUCAAUGGCCUGAGGACAUAGUUGCACAACCCGGUAAAGAGUCGGAAUCUGAAGUUAAGUUGGUCAAGAAUUUGUUUGCUGCAGUUGUAGAAGUCAAAGAAGAAGUGGAUGAACUGCUGCAAAAGCACACUUUCUGGAAAUCUGUUCGUAUCCUCGGUUGGAUAACCAGAUUUGUAAACAACUUCAGGGCAACGCUGGGCAAGACUCGGAAACAAAGUGAUCCGCUGACAACAACUGAAACCGAAACUCAAGUGGAGUUGCUCGUGAAGAAAUUCACCGAAAGACAAAUCGAAACGGAACAAUUUAAGAACGAUCAGCUAAGACUUAAUCUUCAAAGAAACGUAAAUGGUCUAUUUGAAUGCCGCGGAAGAAUCCAAGGCUUGUAUCCAAUUUAUGUACCGCUUGCCACGUUGCUCAGUGAGAAAAUGAUUGAAGAUGCUCACGUCGAAACGUUGCAUGGGGGAGUUGGGUUAACCAUGACCCGGUUACGUCAGCGUUACUGGAUACCAAGACUUCGCCAGUCAACAAAGAAAGUGAUUGCGGGCUGUUACGGGUGCACGCGUUUCCAGGCAACUGCCUAUCAUAAUCCACCAGUUGGAAAUCUGCCGCUCGACAGAACUGUUGGAUCAAUUCCCUUCGAAGUUCUUGGUGUCGACUAUGCUGGGCCCCUUAUCUAUAAGAUCAAUAAGACGAAAGAUUUUUAA